UCAAGAAUUAUACAAUUUCUAAGAUCCCAACCAUGCUUAAACAAGCCUUCAAAGUAUGUUUCUCUUUGUUUAUAGUGCUCUCAUUGUUAGUAAACUAUAGUAUUUCUACAGAUUCAACUGAGAAAUAUGCUCCACCAGCAUCAGAAUCUGAAAACAAAUCUACUGAGCCAACUGAUCUUCAAACCAAAGGUGAACAAAAUUUCUUAGACCAACAGCUUGCAUCUUCACCAUCUGUCAAUGCUGAUCCUACUAUUCAAACCAAAGGUGAUAACAAUAGCCCUACUUCUCCUUCUUCUUCUGUUGUUGAUAAUUCGGUCGUCGACACCGGAGAUAUGGAUAGUCUCUCUGGAGAGAAUACAUCGGUCUCUGUAUCGAAUGCCGAUCCUCCAGCCGCUGAAACCAAAGAGAGGGGCAUUGGAGUUACCGUCCAAGAAAACACCUCUCUUCCUCCAACUGUUGAAACCAACGGUGAUAACAAUAGCCUUACUUCUCCUUCUCCUUCGAUCGAUGAUAAUUCAGUCCUCGACACCAGAGACAUGGAUGGUAUCUCCCAAGAGAAUACAUCAAUCCCUCUUUCGAAUGCUGAUCCUCCAGCUGCUGAAACCAAAGAGAGUAGCAAUGAAGAUCUUGUCCAAGAAAACACAUCUCUUCCUCCAACUGUUGAAACCAAAGAGGAAGGAAACAAUGUUUCUCAAGAGAAUACAUUGGUUCCUUCAUCUCCUUCUCCUUUUCCCCCCGCAUACAUCGACACCCCGGCUUUCGAAACCUCAGAUGACGGAAGUUUCACUCAAGAAAAUCAAUCUCCUCCUCCUAACACGGUAUCCGAAAAUCCCGAAAAUGUACCUCAACUUAAUGACUACAACUCCCAACCCAACAAUGUCGUUCCUGCACCGCCGGAGGCAGUUUCGUACCCCGAAUUAGACCCCACCAUCCAAUCAACUCCUUCGAACGACGACACUUACGAUUCAGCUCCACCAACAAGUAAUCAGCAUACAAUCUUGCCCUUCAACUACAGGGCUGAAGAUGAGCCUGUCGAACCUUCCCAAGAAGAGGAGGAUUCUUGGAACAGAGCGAAUGGAGCAGUGGCUGGUGUCCUGGUUGGUGCUUGUGUUAUCGGGGUGGGAGCUUUCGUGUACCAGAAGAGGAAGAAAGACAAUGUUAGAGCACAAUAUCAAUAUCAGUGCUUGGGCAAGAAAGAAGGGGUUUGA